AUGCGGUGCAUCGCAGUGCCAGAGUCCAGGGUCCAGGCGCAAGUUGCGCAGUGUCGACACGGAGCAAAUCGGAAGUGCCGUGGGGUCGCGCAGCAAGCGCCAGACAAAGCCACAGCAGCGCCCAGCCUGGGCGACGUCGCCUACCUGCGCUCCGUCCUGCCCAGCACCACGGAGGACGCCUUCUUCGAUUACCUGGCCACCCUGGACACCUCGGAGGUGACCGUCUCUGCUGUGCCGGAGGGCUCUGUCGUCUUCGCCAGGGUCCCGUUCCUGCAGGUGAAGGGGCCACUGCUGGUGGUGCAGCUGCUGGAGACCACAUUGCUGUGCCUGGUCAACUACGCCAGCCUGGUAGCCACGAACGCCGCUCGCUUCCGACUCCUUGCUGGCCCGGACGUGAAGCUGGUGGAGAUGGGGCUCCGUCGUGCUCAGGGGCCGGAUGGUGCCCUCUCAGCCUCCAAGUACUCCUACAUCGGGGGCUUCGACUACACCAGUAACGUCCUGGCAGGGAAGCUCUACGGUAUCCCGGUGUGCGGCACCAUCGCCCACUCCUUCAUCAUGUCUUUCACCUCGCUGGAGGAGGUGCAGCUCCGGAAGCUGCCACCGCUGGCAGGAGGAGAGCCAGUGGAUCUCCCGGCCCUGGCUGAGUCGUGGCUGCAGCGGGUGUGUGAGCUGCUGCAGACCCCCCCUGAGAAGGCGAACCGGGGUGAGCUGGCCGCCUUCACGUCCUACGCCGUCACCUUCCCGCGGAACUUCCAGGGGCUGCUGGACACGUACUGCGUCAGGAGGAGUGGCUUGCCAAACUUCUGUGCCGUGGCACUGGCCCUGCACCAGCUGGGGUACCAGGCCAUCGGGGUGCGCCUGGACAGCGGGGACCUGGCCCAGCAGUCCAAGGAGGUCCGCCGAGUGCUCCGAGCCUGCGGUGCUCACUUCCAGGUGCCCUGGUUUGAGACCAUCCCCAUCGCUGUCAGCAACGACAUCAGCGAGCAGAGCCUGGAGGAGUUCAGCCGGGAGGGGAGCGAGAUUGACAUGAUCGGCGUCGGGACGAACCUGGUGACAUGUCCCCUGCAGCCAUCACUGGGCUGCAUUUACAAGCUGGUGGAGGUCAAUGGUUCCCCAUGCCUGAAACUCACAGAAGACGAGGAGAAGAUGACGAUCCCAGGGAGUAAGACAAUCUAUCGGCUCUAUGACGCUGCUGGUCACCCCUUCAUGGACCUCAUGGCCCUGGAGGAGGAACCCUCGCCCAGUGCGGGGCAGGAGCUGGUGGUCCGUGUCCUGGGGAGGCUUGGCGAGGCCAGCAAGAUCGUGCCCACCACCGUGGAGCCCCUCCAUCGCACGUACUUCAGAGAUGGCCAGAUGUGUGAGCCGCUGCCCAGCCUGCCGGAGGUGAAGAGCCACGCGCAGGCAUCCCUCAGCCUGCUCAACCCUGCUCACCGACGCCUUCAUGAACCACAGCCCUACCCGGUGGCCGUGUCGGAGAGGCUGCACCGCCUUCUCGCCGCGCUGCGGGCGGGCCCCCCAAGGCAGUGAGCGGGUCCGGGUCCCCGCCCCACCCUGUGCCAGCCCAUGCCAGGCACAGCCCCUGCCUGGGGCCGGCUCUUCCUCCGCAUUCUUUUGAAGACCAGGUGACUAAUUAGGAAUUACUGGUUCUGACGUUGCUGCUGUGUGGUGCUGAUCCAAGGACCCCGCAGGAACUGGAAGUGCUCCCUGGGGUCGCAGUAGCAAAGCUGGGCACAGCGGGAUGGGGCAGGCAGCGCUGGGAGGCAGCUGCCCCCGCGUCCUCUGGAAGUGACGGUCCUUCCCCGUCCGCCUUGGUGGCCCUGCCAGCCCUGCACCUUCUGCCAUGGCAGUCCUGCCUUGGUGAUCCUGCCAAACCCUGUGGCAGCACUGCCUGCCUCCGUGGCCCUACCAGCCCUGCACCUUCAGUGGUGGCAGCCCAUGCUGAAGCUCCUCAGUGGCACUAGAGACCAAGUCGUGAGUGCACAAGAAGGGGUCCAUGGGAAGGGCCAGCCCGUCCCCCAGCCCCUGUCCUGGGGGACACCUGUGGCAGACGUAUUUUGCGCUUCCUAUUCUAGGCUUCGGCUCUGUGGCCACAUUUGUAUCUCUAUUUUGUAUGCAAUUCCCUGGGGGGGUGGAGGCCGGCUCCAGGUUGACGCCUGCACUCUCUCACCUGCUGUUCACAGAGGAAACGGGGCACUAAUCCCCGCCCUUAACUUCAUCUUAAGCAAAAAACUAAAAUAAAGGCCUUUACCCACGACGGCUACGGCCACGCAGCGUGGCUGCCCUGGUCCUUCAAAACACUUGUUGCCUUCAGCUUCAAUGUUUAAUUCGACGUCCUUCACUUCACGGUUUAUGACUGAAGAAAGUUGGAAUGAAAAAGCAAGUGCUGACCCAUGAGGGUCAGCAAGCAGGUGCCUCACAGCUCCAGUUUGUGGCAUCCUGUGACCCUAAUUCCAGCACAAACCCCUUUGUAGCUCCACUGGGGGUAGGUCUCGUGCCCAGGCAAUGACUGUUUCAAGGCUUUAUCAAAACAGGGACAUGAAAAGUUGUUGCAUGGAAAGGAAGAAAAACCUGUACAGACUGACUCUUCUCCAAGACACGCAUAUUUUCUCUAAUCCUGCCCAAAUUGGUAACAGGAAGAGAGUAAAUCCUUUCCCCUGAGCUUGUAAAAUGCACAGACCCGGAAUUGAGCCACCCAGUGAGGCAGGGCAAGAGGGAAAUCCCCAGCGAGAUGCACCUGCACAUUCCCAGGCACCAACCCUCUGCCUGCAUUGCACACCCUCUGAGGAACAGCCACCAUUUAGAGCUUUGCAGCAGAUGUUGAAGAAAAAAAAA